AAACCAAUCCAAAACAUGCUUUUCUCUCUACUCGAUCGAAAAAUGGAAAACAAAGAACAAGAAGUUCAAUGUCCUCUCAAUAUCUGGAGACGAUUCUACGAUUUCUUGGUGAAGUUAUUAGCCACACAGGCCUUGAAGAAAGUAACACUUGGCCUACCACAACCACUUGGUAAAGUUGAUUCAAAGAAUGAAACUUCUGAUGGUAUUGGCUCUAAUAUCAUAAGUAAUGGUGGAGAAAACAUGGUUAGCAAUGAAACAGUAUCGGUGGAUGGAGAAAGAGUAAAGGCUCCAAGAAAAAUUGUGAGCAUAAAGGAUGAAGUUGAUGAGAUACGAAUAAGUUCAAGAAGAAUCAAGAAGAGGACAUCGAAAGGAAGUUUUAGUUCCUUUGAUGAUGAGCAUGAGGUUUUGUCUUUGAAACCAUUGAAAUCGAUUCUAAGAAAGGAUUCAGGACGUUGCAGUGCAUCGACCCUACCCUCUCUCCUAUGGGCCCAAUCUGCGUAGUUCUCUGGCUCGCAUCUCUCUGGCCCACCAGGUAGGUUAUUGG